UGGAUAGAUGAAAUUCUCUACCAUUGCUAUUUUCUUUGCAUUGCUUGUUGCCUUCGCUACUGCUGAAGAUCCAAUUGCUGAAGUAACCCACAAAGUAUACUUUGACGUCUCAGUUGGCGGAGAAAACGUUGGAAGAGUCGUGUUCGGAUUGUUCGGAGGUGUAGUACCAAAGACCGUUGAGAACUUCAGAGCUCUCUGCACUGGAGAGAAGGGAGAAGGUUCCAAUAAGAAGCCACUUCACUAUAAGGGAAGCCCAUUCCACAGAAUCAUCCCACAAUUCAUGGCUCAAGGAGGAGAUUUCACUAAUGAGAAUGGAACUGGUGGUGAAUCCAUCUAUGGCCACAAAUUUGAAGAUGAGAACUUCGAGCUUAAGCAUUCUAAGCCAUAUUUAUUGUCCAUGGCUAAUGCUGGACCAAACACCAAUGGAUCUCAAUUCUUCAUCACUUUCGUUGUUACCCCAUGGCUUGAUGGAAGACAUACCGUCUUCGGAGAGGUACUUGAAGGACAAGAAAUCGUCGACCAACUCGAAAAGAUUGGUUCCCAGACUGGAAAGCCAUCCAAAGAAGUUAGAAUCGUAGACUCUGGAGAACUCUAA